CGAAUCUGAGACGAUCAUUAACUGCAUUAGCAUUUGUUCUGCAAGUAUUUCCUAAAUAAAAAAAAUUAAUAAUGAAGAUUUUCGCAUCUCUUCUACUUUUGGCUGUGUUGGCCAUGAUAGCAGUCGACGCUUAUGUACCACCAGUACAAAAGCCACAUCCAAAUGCGCCAAAGUUCCCAACCUUCCCAGGUCAAGGACCAUUUAAUCCUCAUGCUCGUCCAAUUCGAUUCCGUCGUUCACCCCAAAAUAAUGGCCAAAUUUCCGUGAACGGCAAGAAAGAAGGUGGACAAACUUCUUGGAACGUGGAAGGUCAGAAAAAAGUUUGGGGAAAUGACCACGGUAGCAUCCAUAUCAGUGGUGGAGCCAACAAACAGCCUGGUGGCAAACCCCAAGGACAAAUUGGUAUUGGUGGUGAAUUCCAUUGGGGUUAAAUUUGAUCAAUCAGUACUUAACAAUAAAAGUAUUGUAAAUUUUGUAAACUGUAAAUAAAUAUAGAUAAUAACAACAUUUCCUACGUAAAUUGAAAUAAUAGUAAAUUAUUAUCAUUUCAUUUUUCAAUUAUAAUUAAAAUUUUACGUAUCAAAACGUAGCCCCGUGUACCGCUUCGUAGGAAUCCAUCAUUUACAAUGGGUACUUUAUUUGAAAUAUAAUGUUAAAUAUAAAAACUCUAUUUCUGAAAUAUG